UUGUUGGUUACUCUUUGCUAAAAGCGUUGUUUACUAGUGUUUAUGUUGUUGUUGUUGUGAUUUUUGUGCGAUUUUCGGAGUAUUUUCAAAUAAAAGUGUUUAAAUAGGACCAAUACAUAAUGGUGAAAUCUUGUGCAGCCAUUAACUGUACUAAAAGAUUCAAGAAGGGCGAGAAUAUUAAAUUCCACAAAUUUCCUAAGGACGAAGUCCUGAGAAAAAAGUGGUUGCUGGCUGUAAGAAGGAAAGAUUUCAUUCCUAAGGACUCCUCCUUAAUUUGCAGCAAGCAUUUUGUUGAGGAGGACUAUUAUAUUAAUGUACAUGGUAAUAAAAAUUUGAAAGUGGGAUCAGUGCCUUCAGUAUUCGACUUCCCCGGUAAAAUACAAAAGAAAACUCCUCGUAGAAAGCUUAUACGAAAAGGAGUGGAAGAACCUAAUGUUGAAGAGGAAAAUGGGCCAUCAACUUCAUUAUCUUCUUCAAACUUAUUCAAGCGAGAUGUGACCACUACCUCUGUUUUAACAGAAUCCACUUUGGCAAGGCAACCAAAAAGAAGGAAGAGACAGAAUCCAAUUUAUAUGGGUGAUUUUGAAGAAGAUGAUCUGCAAAAUCCUGUGAAACGUCGCAAGUACUGGGAGAUUUCACAAGCAACUCUUAGGAAACAACAAAAAACAAUAAAGAUGCUACGCAUUAAGACCAGGCGUUACGAAAACAAAAUAAGUAGUUUGAAUUCUCUGCUUGAUGAUUUGAAGGAAAAGAAUAAGCUCACUGCACAAAGCUCACUUAUUUUAAAGGUAAGUCAAUAUGGUGAAUUACACAGCCGUGGUAAGACCCAUGGUGGCCUACGGUUCGAAGCAAAGGCAAGAGAGGAUGGAACUCGACAAACUCCAGAGACAUGCUUGCCUCUGUAAUUGCUUUAAGAUUGACCUCCAAAAUCUCCUACGGAGAUAAUGUUGGGCUCGCCCUCCCUUGAUAUUUAUCUAAAGGUGAGGGUGAGAAUUAGGUCUUAUAAACCACUUUGGCGGAUGUACCAAGGUCAAUAGCAUUCCCUCAAUUGGAAAUGAGGUGGGGAAAAAUAAAUUCACACUUUUUUGAAAAUCCUUUUACAAUGGAUUCAACCAAGUGAAAAUUGACAAAAAUCUGGUAAAGAUCUUGUCUGACUCGAACACAGAUCCAAGCCGAUCUGGAAAUGCUGUGAGUAACUUUUACUUAGAUGCCUGGACACAAGGGCAUUCUUGAAAAUGAGAGGGCUUGCUACCUUGUUUACUGGACCGGAAAUCAUAGUUGGGAUAACAACAACCACAGUCAGGGGUGGUAAAAGUAAUAAUAGUAGUGCAGUGGACUAGAAAACAACCUGAAAACUAUUCUCAGAAUCAAACCUUGAUUUUGAGACAUAGUAGGACUAGCUGGAAACCUUCUAAAGCUGGUAGUGAAAUAGAUCAGUUGCUGGACUAACAGGGUGCCUUUCAUAUCAUCUGAACCAACCUGAAGAUAGUAUUGUGAUAGCAAAACACAUGUUGUGGUUUAAAAACUCAUUUUGGUGAGAAUUAUAUAAUCUGUUUUGUUCAA